AUGGCUGGUGAAGCGGCAAAAGGAACCAUGGGCAUUUUCGUUAUCUUCGUGCUGUCUCGUGCAUUGCAUCCCAUGGUCAUUGACUACUCCAAGGUGGAUGGGAAGAUGUUGUACUCCAAAAAUUCCCCGGCCAUCAUGAGCCAAGUCUUCUCCAUGCUCUUCGUGAACUUCCUGGCGUGGCAGGAGGAAGGCAUGAAGGGUGUGAAGGCUUGCUGGGAGAUUCCAAAAGGUGCUUCCAUCUUCAUCGUCAUUGGUUUGUGGUAUGCCUUUGGCGACUUCUUGGAGAUGCUGUCCAUGGGUGCCAUGACGGGUGGCGUCUAUCAGCUCUUGCUGCAGUCGAAACUUUUGAUCACUGCUGUCAUGAUGAUGUACCUUAAGGGCACAAUGCAAAGUGACCUGCAGUGGAGCGUCCUUGUGGCUGCAACUUUGGCCAUCAGCGCCUUCGUCAUGGUGGAUACAACAUCCGAUGGGGACGAUUCGGGCAUCCCAUUGAUGGGCGUGGCCAUGGUGCUGUUCAAGGUGGGUGUCUCUUGCUAUGCCGCAGUGCUUUCCGAUGCCAAGUUGAAGGGCUUCAACGACAUGUCCAUGUCUGCCAAGCUGUCCUUGAUGUCCGUGGCUCGUGUCAUUGCCUCCAUUGCAAUUGCUACUGUCAUGGAGCCACAAGUGCAGCCAUCAUUGGAGUGGAAAGCUGCUGGAUUCUUUGAUCAUUGGACCUUCGCGACCUGGAUCGUGACCGUGUCCUUCACCUCCAAGUCUUUGAUUACUCUCUACCUGUUGAAGUCCUUGGAUGGUAUCCAGAAGAACGUCGGUGAGGCACUUGCGGUGAUCGUCAUCUUUGUGGGGCAGAUCGCAGCUGGCUCUUCGGUCUUCGAUCUCUGUGCAUUUUUGUUGGCCUGUCUGGUCGUGCUCCUGGUUCGAAUCUAUGGCCUGGCUGGUAAGGCGAAGGUCAAAUCGCCUGAGGCGGGCACCACCCCAGUGAUAGCGGCCGGUAAGAACGGUAGCGAUCUGAAAGUCAUCAGCAAUGUCUAA